CUGCCCCCCCCUAGCAAACAGGGUCUCUACCUGGGACCCCCCCGAGAUCCCUUGUGGAUUUCAUGGAGACAGCAACGCUCCUGCCUUCUCAAAUUAGGAGAAGCACCGGCUGGGGUUCCGUCAUGUCCUGCUUAACCCAGAUCUGGCACACUGAAGUGCCAGAAUCGCCUCCCUCGUCUCCCCAAAGCCCAACCCCGGCAGACCCCCGCGAGAGACACAUCCCGCUCAAUCCGAUCGUGAUCAUGUCUCCCUCUGCGGAAAACAGGCCCGCCGUGUGUUCGCCUGUGGGGUCUCCCUUGAGCUCCCCCAUCGACGGGAAGACCAGGCUGGGCUCCCCAACGGAACGGCCCACCUCGCCGAUCGAAUGCUCCAUCUGCUUCAACACCUACGACAACCUCUUCAAGACGCCCAAGGUCCUUCAGUGCCAUCACACCUUCUGCUUGGAGUGUUUGGCCCGGCUGACGGCCGCCCUGCCGCCCAACCGGGUGGAAGACCAGCUCCCGUGCCCCUUCUGCAGGCAGCUCACCGAGAUCCCGCUGGAAGGCGCGCCGGGCCUCCAGACGUGCAAAGAGCUGAUGGCCACCUUACCGCCGGAACUCCAGAAGGAGAAAAGCCUCUGGAUGGAAGGGACCAAGCUGUGUUGCCGACAGUGCUCCGAUCCCGAGCACGCCCACACCUACGUCACCAUCGACAUUGCCCCCAGCAAGCCGGAAGUCCCCGAGACUCCCACCGAGGGUUUCAUUGGACGCCUCUCCCGCUGCUCGAUAUGCGACGACUGGAAACGCGUCCUCCUGCUUUCCGUGCUCAUCAUCAUCCUCUUCUGCAUCAUCCUGUGGCCCGUCCAGUGUAUCGUCAAGACGGGAAACUUGAAGUGCCUCAACAAAUUCACAUACCCGCGGCCCAAUUACGUGCCUUACCAUCUCACCACCCGGGCCCCCACGCUGGACCUCACCAAGCUCGUGGCGUGAUUGCCCGGGGGGGCUGUUGUACGGGUGCUGCUCUAAUGUGGGGUGACCACUGGUCAUUGGGGGUGGGGGGAGAAAGUCCACGAGAGUCUUAAGUCUCCUCUGGAAAGAACCGGGGAGAUGGGGUGGACUUCUCCUGUCCGUUCUAGAAGAUUGUGUUGGGUUCAAUGGGCCGUCACUUUGACCUGGUACAACGCAACUCGUGAACGCUUGAGAUUUCACCAUCUUGGUCAUGUCGACUUGAAACACACCUGUGCCCACUUCCACACCUCCUAGGUGGCUCUAGGGUCAGCCACAACCUGCUUUGCGAGACUCAACUGCCAAAGUCCGUGCAGAAGACCCCCUAUUUUGCAUGUAGGGGAGAACACACUUCACGGGGAGUAUUAUGACCGUGGCAAGUGAACCAAAAGGCUUUCCCCUCCAAGGACACGCAAAUCCGAGACAAUGGACCGGCCUCUGUGCAUUCUUCCCCUUUUGCUGACCCUUGACACUUUGCCUCUGCCUCCGGUUUCGUUUGGGCGAAAGGAGAGGACACUUCAUUUUCUAUUGUUAUUAAACAUUUCAGUUUUAUACCGCUGAAUUGUGUGUUGGGACGGUUCUUAUUGUUAUUGUGGUGA